CCACACACACACACACACAUCUGUUCUUGUUUGCGCAACAAAAUGGCCGACAGGAAGUGUGCAUUUUCCUCCUUGGAGGUGAUGCUGAUGGUGCUGUUCGUUGCCAUGGCAACUGUCAGCGUGACACUGCUCACACUGAUGAUGACGAGUGACAGGAAGACGGGUUCUGACCCGACUCCGACCCCAAGUCCUGAAACGCCACGCCCACCUUUUCUGAUCGGAGUGGGCCGUGCUGACUGCACUGGACCCCCCGCUGACAUUCCUCUGAUGGGCUAUGCUAACCCUCAGCAGACAGCUGCAGGAAUUCACACUCGCUUGUUCAGUCGAGCCUUCAUCGUUGAUGACGGCCAGCACAGAGUGGUCUUCGUCACCGUGGACGUGGGAAUGAUCUCACAGAGGCUGCGACUGGAGGUCCUGAAGGCCCUGCAGGUGCAGUAUGGAUCGCAGUACCGUCAGGACAACGUAGUACUGAGUGGUACACACACACACUGUGCACCUGCAGGAUACUUCCAGUACACUCUCUUCAUGCUCAGCAGCAAAGGUUACAUCAAGUCCUCCAUCCAACCUCUGGUGGGCGCCAUUGUCAAGAGUAUAGCCCUAGCCCAUAGCAGCAUGCGUGCAGGGCGGGUGUACAGGAAGAGAGGAGGUGUGUCUGGCAGCAGCGUGAACAGAAGUCCUCACUCCUACCACAACAACCCCCUGGAGGAGCGACUCAGGUAUGACGACAACAUCGACAAGCAGAUGGUGCUCCUGAAGUUCACCGACAUGGACGGACACGGCAUGGGUAUGCUCAGCUGGUUUGCAGUGCACGCAGUCAGCAUGAAGAACUCCAACCGCCUGCUGAGCAGUGACAACCUGGGCUAUGCUGCAUACCUCAUGGAGCAGGACAACAACCCUGGGGCGCUACCUGGACAGGGAGUGUUUGUAGCUGCCUUCUCCUCCAGUAACCUUGGUGACGUGAGUCCAAACACUCGAGGUCCUCACUGCAUCAACACAGCAUCUUCAUGUGACUACCUCAACAGCUCCUGUCCUGAUGGAGGGACUAAAAUGUGUCAAGGAUUUGGACCUGGUGAGGACAUGUUUGAUAGCACCAGAAUCAUUGGACUCAACAUCUACAGGAAGGCCAAGGAACUUUACAGCAGUGCAGGUGAGGAGGUGACAGGUGAGGUGCGCUCGGCUCAUCAGUGGGUCAACAUGACACAUGUCAGUGUGCCCAUCAAUGACACACACGUGGUGAACACAUGUAAACCUGCACUGGGUCACAGUUUUGCUGCAGGAACAACAGAUGGAGGAGGAGAUCUCAACUUUACACAAGGUGCUGUGGAGGGCGACCCAUUUUGGGACGGGAUCAGAGACACCCUUCUGGGACCACCGUCCAAUCAGACACAGGAAUGUCACCUGCCUAAACCAAUCCUCUUCAGCACAGGAGAGAUGAACUGGCCGUUGCCAUGGCACCCAGAGAUUGUUGACGUUCAGAUCAUCAUAGUUGGAUCCGUUGCAAUUGUUGCUGUUCCUGGAGAAAUUACCACUAUGGCAGGCAGGCGGUUAAGAGAAGUUGUCAAACUGGAGUUAGAGUCUGGUGGUGCAUUCAGAUACCCUGAGGUGGUGAUUGCCGGCUUGAGCAACGUGUACACACACUACAUCAGUACCUAUGAGGAGUACCAGGUUCAGAGGUACGAGGGCGCCUCCACCAUCUACGGGCCGCACACGCUCAGUGCCUACCUGCUGAAGUUUGGUCACCUGGCCCGGGUCAUUGCGCAGGACAAAGUGGCAGAUCUUCCGCCAGGUCCGCCUCCUCCGUUCUUCCAGAAGAAUCUUUUCAACUUGUUGCCCCCGGCGCCGGCUGACAGGAAGCCAAACAACAGCACCUUUGGACAAGUCCUGGAACAAGUACUUCCGGUGUACAGACAGGGCGACGUGGUGUCCGUCACCUUCGUGGCAGGAAACCCCCGACACUCCGGAGACGUGAGGGAUCGCAGCUUUGUCGCGGUGGAGAUGCACGACAACACCAGUGACACCUGGACGCUGGUCCACACUGAUGCAUCAUGGGAGACCAGGUGUGUUUCACUGGCUCAAAGGUUCCAACCGCCAGAGCAACGCCACGGUGGAGUGGCACAUCCCGGCCCACGCCGCCACCGCCCGCUACAGGAUCAAACACUCGGGCUGCUACAAGACCAUGAAAGGACUUCAGCCCGUCAUCGCUUCCUACGAGGGCGUGUCCCACGUCUUCCAGGUUGUGUCCUCCUUCUACCACCUGUGACCUCUGCUGGCUUUUCCCCAGUCCUACAGGUCAUGUGACCCCUGCUUUUAGAGGAACCACACCUGGGACUUUGUCAAUAAACUGAC